UAAUACUUAAUCGAUUUAAAUGCGUCUCAGCAACAGAUCAGCAUUCACUUUAUCACUCGAUUACCAAUCCUUGCACAAAACGAAAUUUUCAAGAAAGGAACUGAGUUCAAAGCAGGUCAUUGGAAAAAAUUAUCUCCUCUAUAAUAAUAAUAAACAUACAGAACGCUACUCACUCGUUGAGCAUGUUUUCGCAGUGGUGUAUCGCGGUCCUCGCCGUGACUCACUUCUCACUAUGCGCGGACCCUUGCCAAACACCCGGUGGCCUAAAUGGUGACUGCAAACCCAUCACCGACUGUCCGCCUCUUGUAGCUGUUUACAACAAGAGACCGCUCACUUCUGAAAAUGCGAACUUCCUCAGGACACACAACUGCGGCUUCCAGGGGUCCAUGCCGAAAGUCUGUUGUCCGCUGGUGUCCGCAACGUUGGGGUCCACCGAUUUGCUCCCAGAGACUUGUGGCCACUUCACCGAGCCCAAAAUCGUCGGUGGCGAAAAGACGGGCAUCGAUGAGUUCCCGUGGAUGGCGUUGUUGGAAUAUAAAAGAAGCAACGGUUCCAAGUACUUCAACUGUGGCGGCGCGCUCAUUAGCAAGAGAUACGUGUUGACGGCGGCACACUGCAUCAACAGGAUACUGACGGGAGUUCGUCUGGGGGAGCACGACAUCACCACCGAGCGCGACUGUGUCAAGACUGAACUAGGGGAAGACUGUGCGCCGCCCCCGAUUGACAUCCCCGUGGAGGACACAGUGGUUCAUGAGGGUUACGUCAAAGACGACACUAACCAGUACAACGAUAUAGCGCUUUUGAGGUUAGCGCGAGAGGUGUCAGUGACUGAUUAUGUUAGACCUAUUUGUCUCCCUACUAAGGACGAAGAGUUCUCUAAAAGCUAUGUUGGGGAGAAACUUCACGUGGCUGGGUGGGGAAUGACCGAUAACACCAAGAUGUCUACUAGUAGUGUUAAACUGAAAGUUAAACUUCCAGUGAGGGAAAGUUCGUACUGUGAAAAUACGUUCAGGAGGUAUAAUUUUAAGUUGACGUUGAAGGAUAUUCAGCUGUGUGCCGGUGGCGAAAAAGGGAAGGAUUCCUGCAAGGGGGAUAGUGGAGGACCUUUGAUGACGGUGAGGUUGGACAAGCUUAAGGCCAUUCAGUGGUAUGCCGUUGGGGUGGUGUCGUUUGGAGCGCAGCCGUGUGCCAUGGAGAACUGGGGAGGAGUUUACACCAGAGUGUCGAAAUUCGUACCAUGGAUUAAGAGCAAACUUAGACCUUAGUUGUUGGAAAAAAAUUAAUAGAUGGUUUACAUAAUUAAAA